AAAAGAUUAAAAUUGCCGGCGUUGCGUCAGUACAGAAGAAGCGAAGAGCGAACCUGGCGGCGGCCGAGUAUAGGCACACAUUGGGCAUCAGAAGGAGAAGAUGAUCUCUUUUCAGGGACAGAUGGCCGGCUCAUCAAUCUAGUCGGGUCUCGGUGAAGCGGAUAUGUUCCUGGGUUCCUUCCGUUUGCCAAGCAAACUUUUUCAUGAAGGCAGGAUGAUGACGAUCCGAUGAAGGCGACCCGACAAGCGCAGGAAGAAAAGUCCUCGGCUCGGACUGACAGGUACAGGUAGAUAGAGGGGCAGCGUUGGUCGCGAUCCGCUUCUCGUCCCACAACACCAGCUCGCGCAAUGUCGCUUCCACCUUCGAGGCUGCCCCGCUUUGAUGUCUAUAGACAGCGCCGGGUGGGGGCAGCAAGCUCGACAGUAUGCGAGGUGAACGACGUCGAAGAAAGUGUCCUCAUUGACCAUUAUGCCGCUUGGCUGCUUCAUAUUCUCAACACCGACGAGGCAUGCUUUCUCUUGUUCAGCCAGUCAGGGGAACGAAGGACGGUCAUCGUCGAAAAGAGCAAGACCGUCUCUUUACAACUCAUCAACUAUGAUGCAGACGCACCUCCCCCAACCGACUUCAGCCUUGUCCUUGCCCAAGGACUUGUCGACCCAGGGCCAACUUGUAUACUUUCGGUAGGCGUUGGUCUCCUCACCCUGACCUGCGCCGACACGCCCCGACCAGCCGUUACCAGCUUGCUUCAAGGACUGGCCUCCCGACUAGGUCAUGCGUCUCCAUCACACUCCUCGUCGAGCCUCAACCAUCCACUGCAGACCCCGUACCCUAUCUUCAUCCCUCAAGAUCUACGGCAAGACAAUCAUACAGGAUACGAAGGCGACCUGCUCCAUUCGGCGUUCGAGAGAAGGGCGAUAGAAUCGCCCGAUGCCCCCGCCCUUGAGUUUCUCGAGGGCUGGGCGGAGCCUGCAGGAUCGGCUAGGACGAUAAUACUCACGUAUGCGGAGCUAGAUCGCCGGGCGGCGAUACUGGCACACCUCCUUCGCCGGAAUAUUGGUGCUAAGGCCCAAGCGCAGAGCUGGCCAGGCUCUGUGCCACUCUUUCUGGGUCCCUCGGUGGGCUUCUACAUCAGCAUCCUCGCGUGCCUCAAGGCCGGCCUGGCAUUCUCGCCCCUCGCCCUCGAUGCGCCGCCUGAGCGACUUAAUACCAUCAUACUCGAUCAGGCUGCUCCUCUCGUGCUUUACUCCCAAUCGAGGCCCCACGGCAUUGGUGGGGACACGACUGAAUGGCUCGACGUGUCGUCGUUUGAGGAACAGACGAUGAAGAGCGAAGAGCAGCGGUUCGAGAUGGAGGAGCCGAGCUGGGCGGUGCGCCAAACCGACCUGGCCUAUAUCCUCUAUACAUCGGGAUCGACAGGGGUGCCCAAAGGUGUCCAGAUCACCCACUCUUCCGCUGCCACGUCUAUCUCGGCCCAUGCCCAAGCUGUGAACCCCCCGCUCGAUCCUCAGAGGACCCGCUGGUUUCAAUUUGCAGCGCCCACAUUCGAUCCGAGCGUCAUGGAGAUCUUUGUCACGUUCGGAACCGGAGGCACACUUUGUUCGGCGAGGAGAACUCUGACGCUCCAGGACGUCAAUCGAACGGUGAACGAGCUUGGUGCGACAAUCAUGAUGGCCACACCCAGCCUUGCCACGCUGCUUCGACGAGAACGAGUGCCAAAGUUGAAGAGCCUAUGGACCAUGGGAGAAGCACUCAGCGAUGCCGUCGUUGACGCGUUUGCCAAAGAGGACGGCUCGUGCACCCUCUACAAUGCCUACGGCCCGACAGAGGCAGCAAUCAAUUGCACCCUGCUCAAGUUCUCACCUGGUUUCAGGGGCUCAAUCCUUGGGCCGGCUUUGGCCUCAUGCUCCCUCUUCGUCGUCGACGUCGACAGCCUCGCCAUUCUGCCCCAGGGUCUAGCUGGCGAACUCAUCAUCGGUGGACCCCAGGUGAGCCAAUUGGGCUAUCUCCGCCGUCCAAAAGAAACACAGGCGGCCUUCAUCGACGCACCCCACCUCGGAGGGCGUGUUUACAGAACGGGGGAUGCGGCCAGAGUUGUCUGGUCUGACCAAGGGCAGCCUUGGAUCGAGAUCCUCGGAAGGAUCGGGACCGGAAAGCGGCAAGUAAAAAUUCAUGGACAAAGAGUCGAGCUGGGCGAGGUCGAGAGCUGCCUUCUCGAGGCAGUCGAGAAGCGAGAUCGAGUGAGGUCCGUUAGAGCUCUCGUGCGGUCCAGUGGCUCCCUUGCGGCAUUUGUCGAAAUCGACGACGAUACGACGGGACAGGGCCUACAGGAACGUUUGCGGGCUGCAGCAAGCACCAGGCUCCCACCAUUUGCUCGUCCACAGGCUUUCGUCAUCUCACCUCGCCGCUUCCUCUCCGCCUCGGGCAAGCUUGAUGUGCGUGCAAUGCUGGCCUUCGUAGAAGAAGAGAUCUCAAAGGGAACCCUAGGCGACAAGGUCAAUUCUGCAGAGGAUGAUGUCAUGGGCAAUACCGGCCAUACGUCUCUUGAUCGGCUUAUCGACGCUGUCCAGUCCGUUACAGGAGCCAGAGUGGGACCGUCAUCGACCAUGACGGCGUCCGGUCUUGACAGUCUGGGCGCGAUGCGUCUGCUCGAUAUGGUCAGGAACGAUGAGCUUCUCUCUGGGUUGACGUUACGCGAUCUCGUCGGCGAAGCAACGCUUCUGCAAGUCAUCCAAGCAAUUGAACAGAGACGAUACAGAGGACCGCAAGAUGAGAUAGCCAAGCAGUUGGUCGCGUUUGACGCAGCCCACCGACCAACUUGCCAGGAGCAACUCGGCACCGAUGUGAAAAUCGAAGCGGUGCUCCCCGUGACAGCAACGCAGGCCGGUAUCCUCGCCAGUUUUGUGCGAUCGAGCAAUCGCGCCUACGUACACCACUUUGGCUACCGGUUGAGCCCUGAUGUUGAUUUGGACCGCUUGCAACGAGCAGCUAAAACAGUCUUCUCAAGCUGCGAGGCCUUUCGAAGUACAUUUGUAGCUGUGGACGAUGAGCAUGGUCGCUCGCCUUUCGCUCAGUGCGUCUUGGAUGACAUCGAGCACGAUGUGGAGCGGGUCACGGUUGACAGUACUUCGGACGGCUCGCAUGAUCAUGUGGUGCGAGAAGCACUUGACAGGGCACAAAGUGCGAUUCGUCUCGAGAGUCCAGGAUUCAAGCAGCACCUUGUUCUUGGACCAAGCAGGGAAGAGAGGACAUGGACUUUGACAAUUCUUCACGCCAUCUUUGAUGGAGGCUCCCUUCAGCUUCUGCUUCAUGACAUCUGUAGCCUUUACAAAAGCGAAUGCCCGACGUCGAACGCGUACCAACACCGGACCGGACCGAAGUACGCCGUCGAGGCUUAUUUCGAAGCGACAACACAACAUGCUGGCGAAGCUACGAAAGCAUUCUGGGAGCGAGAGCUGAUCGAUUACGAAGUUGAGUCGUUUCCCUCUAUUCAUGGGCUCAAACGCCAAGUUGCCCAAUCAAGACCGCAGACUGGCGUGUGCGAACACCGAGCAACACUUGUCUCAUUGAAAGCUCUUUGUAGCGCGGCUGCCAGGUUCAAGAUUGGCUCGCCACUCGCCCUGGUUCAGCUGGCGUGGAGCCUUGUGCUGUGUGCUUAUUCAGAGACAGCAAAGACCGAUGUCGUUUUUGGAAGCGUCGUCUCGAAUCGUCUCGACGCUGCGGCUAGGACGUGCACUUCACCCACCUUCACAACGAUCCCCGUUCGGGUUCAGCUGGGAGGCGUCGAUGGUAGGACGGAGCCGACGAUGCGAGAAGCUGUUGCAGCGCUGGCUGCAAAAGCUUCGGCAGCGCUUGCACACGCCCAGCCAGCCCUACAGUCAAUUGUGACGAAGGAAGGAAAACUGCCAUACGACAGUCUCGUGGCUUUACAGCUUUUCGAAUCCCAGGAGGGGACAGACCAGCUUUGGAUCGAGGAGUGGUCACCAGCUAUGACGAAUGACUUCGCUGUCAUGCUUGAGAUCUGGCCUGGCGAGCUCACUCUCGAUUCUGAAGCACCGCUUCGGCUUCGAGCCACGUACAAGGCCUCUGUCCUCGAUGAGCAGUCGUGCGACGUGAUGCUGCGGCAGUUCGCUGCGAUCUUGGCGGUUCUGUGCUCUGUAGGCUCUGAUCUGGAAAAGCCCCUUUCGAGCCUUUUCUUGGAGAUGCAGUCUGACAAUCAAAGCCUGCCGCUCCUUUCUCGCAUCGGAUCAAGACCAAGACCUGAUGAGCCGUUGGAUGAGCUCCUUCUGCACUAUCAGUUCGAACAACACGCCAGGCAGCGGCCUGACGAUAUGGCACUGGUCUUCCAAAAGGGACACAGUGAAUACACUCGCCUGACGUAUGGGGAGCUCGACUCGCUUGCCAGCCGACUGGCUCUGCAAUUGGCCAAGCUGUUAUACAAGGAUGGUUCGUACAAAAAAGAUGCAGUGGUGCCGCUGUACGCCAACAAAAGCGUGCAGAUGUACAUCGCUGUCCUGGGCAUCCUCAAAGCCGGCGCGGCCUGGUGCCCUAUCGAGCCGACGCUCCCUGCAGCAAGAAAAGUAGGUUUGUUGCAGAGGACUGAGGCCAACAUCGUUGUUACGGCAUCAUUGGAGGAAGGCGAGCGGGACGAGUUCGAAGCUGUAAUGAAGGAAGCUGGUAUGGAGCACGUCGUCGAGGCGAGCAGCAGGAUUGACAACGAAGAGAGGGGUGACAGCCGUCUCCUGGAACACUUGGUGCCAUCUCCUAGCCACCUUGCCUACCUCAUCUGGACCAGCGGCACGACGGGCCUGCCGAAAGGUGUCCUUGUCGAGCACGAAGCAGCAUCUCGAGCAAUGCGAGCGCUUCAACAUUCGAUUCCCUCUUGCUCUCAGCGGCGACCACCCUCCACCAUCAAUUUUUCGGCUUUCACCUUUGACGUCUUCGUUCAGGACCUCUUCUACACCUGGGGGCUUGGCGGCGCCGUUGUCGGUGCUCCCCGACGCGUUCUUGUCGACGUCGAUGGCUUCUCGAGUUUGGCGGCAGAGACGAAGGCGACACAUUCUCACCUAACGCCAGCUUUCGGUGCAUGUUUACCGAGGACGAAAUGCUCUUCGCUCGAGGUAAUCACGAUGAUCGGAGAAAAACUCACUGAAGAGGUCGCGAUUUCUUGGCAGGGCGACGAAAAAGAUGGAAGUUCUGCGUGGAACACGUACGGUCCCGCCGAGAACGCAGUGGUGUCGACCUACCGCUCUUUCAUGGCUGGGCACACGCACCAGUCUCACAAUGUCGGCUGGCCCCUCGAAGGAGUCACUUGUCUCGUCGUCAGGCCGGUGUCUGGGAAUCAAAGUGUUGCGACCACGCUUCGAGGCGGGACCGGCGAGCUUGCAUUAGGCGGAGGCCAGGUCGCACGAGGAUAUCUCGGUGAUGCCAAGAGAACCGGAGAACGCUUCAUCGAGAUGGCGAAAGAGGGUCGCGUCUAUCUCACUGGUGAUGUCGUGCGCAUGCUCCCCGAUGGCAGCUUGGACUUUGUUGGUCGACGCGACGACCUCGUCAAGCUCGGCGGUAUCCGUGUUGAGCUUAGUGAGAUCAGUCACGCCAUAUCGCACUGCCAUAACAGAGUCCAACACGUCGAGACGCUUUACAUCCCUCGGAGCAGCACCGACAAGGAUGCGACUAAGCUCGUCAUCUCAUUCCUUCUGGUGCCUGAUCUGAAAAGCGGCAGUGACGAUUCCACGGAGACCGAAAUUGUCGGUGCAGCAAUGGCAGAGGCUUGCAGAACGCUUCCGUCACACAUGCACCCGGCGAGAUACCUCGUCGUCGACUCCAUCCCUCGCUCAACAUCAGCCAAGACAGAUACUAAGGCCCUUGCAGCCAUCUUCUACCAGCGCGCUCAAGAUGACGUCAGAGAAACGAACGAAGAAUACGAUGACGAGGAAGGCGGCGAAACAGUUGAUGACGACAGUAAUCGUGCACAUUUGGCCAAGUGCGUCGCCGAAGUUGUGGGCUUGCCGAAUUGGAGAAAAGUUCGAGGAUCUUUGCGCGCUCUCGGCCUCGACUCUAUUCGGACGAUUCGGUUGGCUCUCAAGAUUCGCCAGGUGAAACGCUUGCAGACCGAAGUGGCGGCGUUCGAUGUAAUGCGCUGUGAGACCUUUGACGAUCUCGUGGACGUUGUCUUGAGCAGUGGACAGGCGGACAAGGAAAGCGCGGACAAGGCAGGCGGGGAAGUCGAGAAACGGCUGAAGAGCUUCGAGGAGGAGUGGAGAGGAGAGGUGCCUCAACUUUCGGGCCUCGAUGACAAAGCUGUGCAAUUUGUGCUUCCCACGACGCUCCUCCAAGCUUCUCUUCUCGUCGAGACAGCCAAGGAUCCGAGCGCGUACUGGUCAACGUCCACUUUCGUGCUCGAAAAGGAGAUCAACCCUUCAGACCUGAAGGCAGUCUGGCAGCAGGUCGCUCGAGAGACCGAAGUGCUUCGGACAACAUUCGUCCCAGCUCCGCAUGGCUUCGUCCAGUGUGUUUUGCGGCCUGACGCGGUUGACGAACUCGUCGAGUGGGGGGAGGUUGAUGGCGAAGGCGUCCAGGAGACCGUGGCUAGGAGGGCAUCAGCCAUCUCUGGUUCCCGGUCCGCCGCUCGACCGCUUUACUGGGCAUUAACGUUAGUCAAAGAUCGCCACCUCAUUAUCCACAUGCACCACGCUCUAUAUGAUGGCACAGCUUUCGACCUGAUCCUCGCCUCCGUUGCUUCUCAUCUUCUUGGAGACGUGAUCGGUAUCAAGAAGAGUAGAGGCUUGACGCAUCUGCGCGAGGCCUUGCUCUUGUCCGACGCCACAGCCCUCGCAUGGCCCCCAAUCUCCACCUCGACUCCGACGACACAUUGGGAAUCGCUAAUGAAGAGCCACGCCCCACGAUGCCGACCUUGGUCACUCCCGGAUCUGACUGCGGUGCGCAAUGGGGAGCAAGGCAUAGGUAUGCAUACUCGCACGGCAGAGCUACAAUGCCCUUCGAACAUCAUGGUGAAUGUUGCGCGCAAGACUGGUCUCGCAUCGAGCGCUCUCAUUGUUCAGGCCGCAUUUGGAUGCCUCGUGGCAGACUACCUCGAGCAAGGGGCCGUUUUGAUCGGAACGACUUUGUCGGAACGAGGGCGUAAUGCUAGACUCGAGGAGGCAGUGGCUCCCCUCGUUGUUACUGUGCCCUUUGUCGUUGACGGCGGUCGUCGACUCAAGAAGCAAGACAGAGAUGAGGAAGCGGACGCCAACGCCAAAACGAAAACGGCAGGUGACUUGCUGCGUGACUUGGCCAGCCAGUGGAAGGCGUGCGAGAGGCAGCGUCACGUUUCGGCACGCACCAUUCGUCAAGCUCUCGGAUGGACGCACGAUCAGGCACUAUACCCCGCUUUGUUUGUUGUUCACGAAUCUCAAAACGAGAAGAGUGCACACACAGAAGAGGAAGGAAAGCUGUGGACAAAAGCGGAAGCCGGCAAGGAUGAGCCACAGCUUGCAGUCGAACACGAUCUGGCGCUCAACGUCUACUUAGACCCAGAGGGACACCCUCAAAAGCUUGUCCUUUCGGCAUCUUCCAAAUUCCUCUCGGCUGAACACACGGAGAUCCUCGUCAGGCAGGUGGAAGCGCAAGUUAGGUCUAUGGUUGAAGCUUUCGAAGCACAGACGCCCCUGUGCCGUGUGCCUCUGGCUUUGUCAGAGGACCAGCGGCUGUUGUCUAUUCAGCCACCUAUCUACGUUGACGAACACACGGCCGCGGCGCCCAGUCGCCAUCCUUGUUACUGGCUUCGCAAGCACGCCAUCGAACACCCGGAAUGGCCGGCUGCUGAAGAGCUCCUCGAAUCGCUCCCCGACGAAAUGAACGAGCCAGCAGGACAAGUCAGCAUUCGAGCUUGGUCGUACGCCGAGCUCGACGAGCGAUCGGACCGACUGGCUUCCCUGAUUGCUGGUCAGUCGCCGGAGAAGAACAAUCGAGGACCAGCCGUGGGGGUGUGUAUGCACCGUACUCUCGAAGCUUUCGCCGUCGUUUUGGCCAUCUUCAAGGCGGGAUGCGUCUAUCUGCCCAUAGCCGAAGAUCUGCCCGAGGAGCGCAAGAGGACCCUGAUCGAAGACUCUGGCGCUGUUACUAUUUUUGUAUCUGACGACGACUUGGCGUCAAGCUUUGAAGGCCUGCCCGUGCAGAUUAUCCGCCUCAAUCAAGCGACGGAGUUGCCCCAGCAACGUAGCAAUGUCUUCAACAAGUUUGCCCUCUCGACUGGCUACCUCCUCUACACUUCGGGCUCGACUGGAAAACCAAAAGGUGUGGCCGUAUCCGGGUCUAAUCUGUCUUCGUACGUCGAAGGCUAUGCCGCUAUCCUGGCGAAGCAUUCUCCUCGAUCCAUGAUGUUGUCUGGCAAAGGCAGGUACUUGAAUCUGGCCAGCCGAGCCUUCGAUCCGCACCUUUCGCAGAUGUUCAUGUCCUGGAGGAUGGGUUACGCAGCCACGACCGGACCUCGACCGGCAUUGCUUGAGGAUCUGCCUCGGACAGUACGCUUAUUAAACAUCACGCACAUGGGCCUCUUGCCCUCACUCCUGGAGCAUGCCGGCAUGACACCCGAUACGACCCCAAGCCUCGCCGUGCUGGGUGUUGGAGGAGAGAAGGUAACGCCCUUUGUUCUUGACGAAUGGGCAAGGCCACGGAAAGAUGGGCCGCUGGUCGUCAACCUUUACGGACCGACGGAGACGACCAUUGGGUGCACAUUAGCUGUUGUUACGCCUCAAAUGGCGUCAAGGAAUAUAGGCUUCCCAAUCGGCGCCUCGUACUCAGUUGUACUCUUGCCCGGCACGAACACUGUUGCGCGGCGAGGACAAGCCGGAGAACUCUGCUUGGCCGGCGAUCUCGUUGCACAUGGAGGCUAUCAUGGCCGAGCAGCCAACGACCAAGGCGGAUUUGCAGAGGUUUCGUUGCCGCAGCUGGGCGAAAGCUUAGUGAAGCUUUACCGAACCGGCGAUAUGGUCCAGAUGCUCGAUGACGGUAGCCUCUCUUUCCUUGGUCGAGCCGAUGAACAGAUCAAGAUCCGCGGCCAACGCCUGGAGCUGGCCGAGGUCAACGCGGUGGUUCGGGCCGCCGCGGCUGAUGUCGAAGGCCUGGAGCAGGGCCAGACACAGGAGGCCGUCACUAUUUAUACCAAACAUCCUUCUCUGCCCCAGGCGCGGCUCUUUACGGUCGUUGGAUGGGGCGCCAAGGGUGACAGUACGACCACAGUCAAUUUUAUCAAGGAGCCGGACAGACAAGUCGACAGGAUUGACAAACAAAUCUCGGCAAGGUGUGCAGAGACGCUCCCGAGCUUCAUGGUGCCGACGCUCGUCGUUGUCAAGGACGGUCUUCCAAAGCUUCCGUCAGGCAAAAUUGAUGUGAAAAAGAUCACCAAAGCGCUUCAGGAAGUCGACGUGGACGUUCUCCUGAGAGAAAAUCUGAGCAUGAAGAAACAGCCGACCAAUAGAUCCACCGAGGCUGCCCGAUCAGUGCUGAGCGAGGCCGAAAGACAAAUUUUAUCCACCAUCCUGGCUCUGACAAAGACUGGUACGGAUCAAGAACUAGUUCCGACCCCACAAUGGGUCCGGCCGGCAACGAGCAUCUUCGAAUUGGGCAUCGACAGUUUGUCGGCCGUUGGACUCGUCGUCAGGCUUCGGAGAGCGCCUCAUUUACUUGAUGUGAGCGUGCAAGAGAUUCUUCAGAGAGACACUCUCGAAGAAUUGGCACAGCUGCCAAAACAAGGUGGGGGCGGCGAGACUGCAGGCAUGACUCUGUACAACGCCACCGCAUUCGAUGAUGACACCAGGACAUGCAUUGGAAGUCAAGAGGUGGAGUGGUUCCGGCCCGCAACUCCGCUGCAGGAAGCCCUCGUCGCACUUUCAACCCUUGCAAGGCAGCGACUAGGUAGUACAAAUGGCGGAAACACGACGUUGCCCUAUGUGCACCACCUGACGGUUGCCUCACCAGUAGGCGUCGAGAUGCAAGAGGUCGAACAGAUGUGGCGGGAAGCUGUCAUAGCCGAGCCAAUGCUCAGAACAUGUUUUCAAGAUGGACCAGCGGGAACGACGGUGCAGGCCGUGCUUAGUGCAGCGCAUGUUGUCGACAAGGUCGUCUGCCGGCUCGACAGUGGCUCAUCUCUCGACCGUCUGGCCACGUCGGUCAAUAUCGUCGACGAAAUCUCCACCACGCCGGCCUUGCGCAUCCGGGUGCAAGGUUCAUCUUUGAGCCGUGGAGCAAGAGCGCACAUUUCGAUUCAUCACUCGCUGUACGACGGCUGGACUCUACCCAGGCUCAUCGAGGAUGCAUACAGCGCAGAUUCGCGAUACAGAGUGAUGGCCAACAAUGUGCAUGAUGCCCAGAUCCUCGAAGGUGUUGCUCGGUGUCAGGGCCAGCAAGCUUUGCGAUUCUGGACGACGUACUUGCACGGCUAUCGCUGUUCUCCUCGCGAGCCGCUGCGCCAGAGUGAAUCGGAAGAGGGAAACCAAGAUCGGCUCGUAAAGAUCAAGAUGCGGUGGGCAGGCGCGCUGCUCGCCAAUCUCAAGCACGUCUCACAGAAGAAACAUCGGACGACCAUUGCUGUCGUGAUUCAGUGUUGUCUGGCCAUCAUCGUGGCGAAGAAGUUGGGCGUCUGCGAUGUUCUCUUGGGCAACGUCAUCAGUGGACGUGGUGGAAUGGAAGAGCAAGGCGAUGCAGCAGCAAACUCGAGUCGGAUGCCUUGCCUGGCGACUGUAGCGGUUAGACAUUGCUUGAGGGCCGUCCAGGGAGCGGAUUUGGAUGGAGCGGUGGCUGAGGCCAAGAUGAGAACGGCGCAGGCCACACCUUGGGCUCAUACGUCGCUUCGCACCGUCCAAGGCAUCGCAAGUGGGACUAGCCGCCGUAACCUCUUUGAGGUUCUCUUCAGUUACGACGCAGUCACUGCUCCCGAGGACGCCAACAUGAAAAGGCAGAAAAGGUACAACAUCGUUGACGACGACGAGGAGCAACAAGGGAACAUCGACUAUCCUCUGGUCCUAGACGUCACGCAGCGAGGUCAAGAGAGCAUCGAGGCAACAUUAGCCUUCUCGAUGCGUGACGUGGGCUCUGAAGCGGGACAAGGGCUCGCAGCGCAGCUCGAGCUCCUGCUGGAAAUUGUGUCACGCGGUCAGAACGUAUCUCUGGCUGAGCUAGGCAUCGUCGACGUUGGAUCCGAGGAAAACCAAGACGAACACCAAGAAGUCGAGGCGAGAAAGAGCGAGUCUCGACCCCUCACGGCUCUUGAGAAGCAAGCAAGAGACACACUUAUCCACGUCGUCAAAGAUGUCGAUGCAAGCGAUGUCGGACCCUACACGAACUUCUAUCGCGUCGGACUCGACUCCAUCACGGCGAUUCGUUUCGCUAGAGAGCUCCGAAGAAAAUCAGGCUUCGCGGCCAUCGAUGCGACCAAGGUCUUGGCGAGCGGCUCCUUGGCAGUUUUGUGCGGCGAGAAGGAAGUCAAAGCUGAGCGGAAUGGAAGCAAGGAGCCAGACUCGCGCGCAAGUUUGUCGCAAAAUGAGACAGUGUUACGCUCUAAGGAGACUGAGGUCGAAAUCCCCAAGAACGAAGACGACAUUGCCAUCCGAGACAUCUUCCGUCCGCUUUCAUCUGCCGAUGAGCUCGAGGCAUGGUAUCCAUGUACGCCCCUUCAGGCCGGCAUGCUCACACUCUCGCACGGGACGGCCGACUCAGCCUACAGGCAGGCUCACAAGCUUCGCUUACGAGACGGCGUCGAUCUCAAUGUUCUUCAUGCGGCUUGGGACAAGGUCGUCGAGCGCAACGAUGUCCUCCGAACGACUUUUCACCUCGUUGAAAACGAAGGUUCACCUCGAUGGGUCGCCCUUGUCCAUCGGACUGCUCCUCUCGCGUGGCGGCACGGGGACAGCGCUUCGAAUGGUCAGGAAGAAUACACCGCUGUCGGAUUCGAUGAGAGGCCACCAGCGUCUGUGGACAUCUUGAUGUCGGCUGCUGGCACUACCGUAAUUUUCCACCUUCAUCACGCUCUUUACGACGGCGUUUCGCUUCCAAUGAUUUUCAACCAGCUACGAACGGCGUAUAACGGUGUAACUCUUCCAGCGAUAACAACGCCUUUCUACAUUGUUGCGAAGCGGCAGGCUUCGACAAGGAGCCACGACGAAGAUUACUGGUCGAGAAUCCUUGUAGGGUAUCAGUAUGCUCCCUUGCAGCUUCUGCAAGCUGUUCCACAAGAUCAACGACGGUGGCACGCAAAGACACGUAUCGACUCCGACCGAGGGUUGGCAGCCGCGUGCCGUUCUCUUGGCGUGACGCUGCAUGCUGUCUGCACUUUGGCGUAUGCUCGUGUGCUGGGCGCCUCGCUGCUCGGAAGGAGGGACGUAUGCUUCGGCCACGUUCUCGCUGGACGAUCAGGAUCUGGUCAGGAGCAGAUUGUGGGUCCGCUUUUCAACACGGUUGCUCGACGCGUGUGCCUCGAGUCUUUGCUAGACUCCAAUUCAGAAGCGGUAACUCGGGUUCAGAGGUCGAUCGACGAGGGAAUGUCCAGACAGGCAGCCUCGCUGAGUAAAGUCACUGCCCUUUGGCGUCAAAGAAGCAUUAAACAGCGUUCGACGCGGCUUUUCGACUGCCUUUUUGUUUUCCACAAGGUGGACCAAGGCCAGGUGGACGAGGCUUCAUCGCUUCUUUGGGACUCAACGCAAGGCGAGGACGAAGAUAACGGCGAAGAAGGCGACGAUGAGUACGAAGUUAAUGUCAGCUUCGUCGAGCGUCGAGAUGGGUCGUUGGACAUAUUCGCAAAUGCAUCGCAGAGAGUGUUGAAGACCGUUGAAGACCUUAGGAGCCUCGUUGUGGACCAACUGCAGCGUGUCGUUCUCGACAUCCUUGAGAAGCCCCAUGCGCCCAUGGUUGCAGUUCCACGCAACCUAAGCGAGCUUCCCUUGUCAGCCUCUCCGGCCUCAAACGAACAUGGGGACAGGAAACUGACAACUGAUGAGGAAGCGUUCUGCGACGCCCUGCAAGACGUCAUCAAGGACAUCGAUCGGCACCGAAGUGACUGGCGCAGGCCAUCGACGAACGUCGUCGACGUCGGUAUUGACUCAAUCACAGCUAUCCGUCUGGCCUCAAGAUGCAAGAGGAGGAAAGGUGUUCUGGCACGCAUAACAGUGCAGAUGGUGCUACGCGCUCAGACCGUCGAGGCGAUUGUGAACGAGGCCGGUGCGGCCCGCGAAGCUCGAACAAGCAAUGGAGUGAAGACCAAUAGCCACCAAGACGAUGCUCAGAUGGAAGUGGUCAAAGCUGCUGCCGCACAGGUGCUUGUUGGCCACAUCAACAAAGAAGACAUUGAGGAGGCAGUCCCUGUCCUUGCUGGGCAGAUGUUCCACUUGGACUCGUGGUAUGCGACAGGAAGGCGCUUUUACGAAGCACCCUGGGUUCUCACCGCGCAAUCGGAGAAGGUCGAUCCAGCUCGCUUAAACAAAGCUUGGCUUCGUCUUAAAGAUCACAACGUCAUGCUUCGAAGCACUUUUGUCGCUCUUCCUCAGCGAUACCAGCGGCUUGUUCAAGUGAUUUUGAAAAGGGAGGCAGCGCGGCGUGAGGAGAACUCGGGUUGGAAUAGCAUCAGUGUCGAUUCGGAUGAGGCAGUCGAGGCGGCAACGAAACAGGCUGUUUUAGAAGGCAACGCCGAUGCGUGCACCUUCUGCACGGUUCCAGCUCGCUUGACGCUAAUUUGCGGUCCUCGCCAAUCGGCUCUUGUCAUUCGCCUACACCACGCCAUGUACGAUGCCUGGAGCAUUUCACAUGUCAUCUCUCGCCUGGCCAAGUUGUACAACGGGACUGCUGUACCAACGAUGACUCCAGCGCUGCUCACCACGCUCUCUCGGCGCCUUCUCACCCACCCAUCCCAGUAUGAGCAGCAAAGCUGGUGGAAAGCGCAUCUCGCAUCUUCGCAAACGACCUUCAUCGGUAACGGUCGCGGCGAAAAGGUCAAGACGGCUGUUGGCCCUCAGAUAUUCGUUCGCUUGCUUUGUGCCGUAGCAGACCUCAAGAUCCUUGAAGAGAAGGUACAAAGGACUGCGAGUCACCUAAGACUGGUCGUAAUCUUGGCUCUCGCCCGGACCCUGGCGCAUUACACCACUGCAAAGGAUAGCCCGACCUUUGGCUUCUUCACGGCUGGUCGAGCAGGAGUCGAGAUGGAUGACGUGGACAUUGAUGCGGUUCCAUUGCUAAACGUUCUCCCGCUUUCAGUUGAUCUGAUGUCCACCGAAAGCACGACCGCAGACAGAAUUGGCUCAAUCAGAGGCAUGAUGGCUCAGAGGACCCAAUGGGAGCAGACACCGUUGCAAGACGUCUCAACCUGGUGCAGCGGCGGACAGCCAGCAUUCGACUGCUUCCUCAACCUUCUGUGGCACGGCCGAGAAGACGAAGAAAAAGACCUCGAGAAGCACAAAGAACGUAGAUUGGAACUACGCCACUGGAAAGGGCUCAAAGAGAGCUCCGAGUACUUUACCUCGUCAAUCACGCACCCGCUUGCCAACGAAAGAGGAGAAGCUACAACUGCACUCGGUGCAGAAUUGGACGUAACGUACCUGCCCGCACACAAGUGUUACCUUGACGUCCGACGCGAUGAGGCAAACGACUGUCUAGCAUUUGGCGUCAAGGCCGACGCUGGCAUGUGGGCUGAAGAGCAAGAGCCGACGGUGGCAGAAGAAGAGCUGAGUCGGUUCUGCGAGCAUUUUGCGCUCGAAAUUAGAAAGGUCGUGGACGAGCUUUAGUAGACCAAUCCCAUUCAUUUUACCCAAAAUACAGAUGUAGUGAAGAUGUUUUGGCAAGCAUGAUUAUCGCGAGCUGG